GAUCAGUAAUCCGAUGAACAGAGCACAGGAAGAAUGAACAUAUAUACCUUUAGAGAAACUUGACAUAAACUCCACUGAGAGUCAUUGCCAGUGCAGCUCUAUGUAGUGGAAGGGGCCAACUGAUCUGUCUCAAGUGCCCAUAGCUGUCUUCAGAAAUCUUUUAGUUCAAGUAAAGUUGGCUUGGGGGGUCAUGGAGUAAGUGGUCAUCCUCCUCCUCUUCGUCGAUCCAAAGCUGGUAUAAAACAACCUGGAGACUAAAAAAAAGUUGAAUGUGAGAGAGACUUGGAGACAGUUUUCCAAGAAUGAGAAAGAAUUAAAGCCAACAACAUGGUUUUGUGCAAGACACAGUGAGGUAAUUCCCACAGUGAUCGCUAGAGAUGGGCAAGACAUCGGGUUGGUUUACGCUCAUCAAAAGAGCCUUCACUUCGAGCUCUAAGGAUAAAUUGGUCCAGACAAGUACCCCAAUCCAAUACUCACAGGACAAGCAAAAAAGAGAGAAGAAAAAGUGGGCAUUUAGUAAAUCCAACCAUGAUGACAAUGGUUCCUUCAUUCAAAUGCAUAGACAACAAAACAUAAUUGAGCGAAUACUGGAGGAUGUUCAAAAUGAGCAACACCAACAACAUAGAGUGCAGCAAGUGCUCCCCAAGAAGGCUCAACAAUCGAAAUCGCCUGCAAGAAAACCAAGGACUGCUCCCAACUAUGCCCACAUUUCAGCAAUCAAAAUCCAAGCAGCAUAUAGAGGUUACAGGGCUAGAAGGAGCUACCGAGCAUUGAAGGGUCUAAUGAGACUGCAGAGAGCGAUAAGAAAUCAAAGAGUGAAACAACAGACGACAAACACCCUAAGAUGUAUGCGAAUGCUAGUUCGAGUGCAGUUGCAAAUAAGAGACAGAAGGCUGAAGAUGAUGGAGAACGGAAGCCUCCAACUCCACCAGGCUCUGCCAAAGAACGAUGAGUCAGAGAGCAACUUUGGUGGCUGGAGUGUCGCUCGCCAAACUGAAGGAGAAGGGUUUGAAGGGUUUGAAGGAGAAUGGGAAGAUAGUGUUCUCACGAAAGAGGAGCUGGAAGCAAGGAUAAGAAGAAAGGUGGAAGCAACCAUCAAGAGGGAGAGGGCAUUGGCUUAUGCUUACACCCACCAGCUGUUGAAGAUGACACCCAAAUCUGCUAAGGCCAUGUUGAUCGAUCUCCGCACCCGUAGAGCCCCGUGGUGGUGGUCUUCGUUGGAAAGCCAACUCGCCACCAACAACAUCGAAGUUGUGCCACCUUCACAAAACUCGUCGCAUCUCCAUACACCACGAACAGCUACCACAGUGCAUGCCAAAGCCACCACCCGUCGGCCGCGUAGCUCUCACUACGCGCGGUUGAAGCCGGAGUACGCCGACGACGCAAGCCUCGUGAGUUGCCCACCCUUGGCCGUGCCCAACUACAUGACGACCACUGUCUCGGCCCAAGCCAAGGCGAGAAGCCACCGGGCAUUUGGGACGGUCCCCGGCCCGGAGAAGAAGAGAUUUUCAUUCGGUCUUGGCCAGACUAUCGGGGCCCUGUUUGCCGGCAAGGAGGCCAACAGAAGAGGUUGUGACGGCAGUUGUAGUGGGCGAAGGAGUGUGAGAAUACAAGAGAGGCAUAGGUCGACACAGUCAAUAAGCAGCAUGAGCAUGGACUCCAUCAUGUCUCUGCCCACUGGAAGGGUUGGUGGUAGGAGGAACUAUAAAUAGCAUGCAACUUUGAUUCAGAUGUUCCAUGUUUUUUUUUAAUCUAAAGCAUUUUGGUGUGUUUUGUUACAUUGUGAGAAAUUGUC